CUCACUAUGUCUCAACGAUUUAGGGCAACAGCCUCGCUGCGAGAUCGCUCGGCGUUGCUCCCCGAGUACUACACCCCGCCGGCCUCUGGGCGGUCGUCCCCGUAUGACCUCCAGGCCAAUGGCCAGCGCUUUGCCGACGACCUGGAGGGACAGAAUGACGAGCACCUCGAGGGUCUGCAGGCCAAGGUGAAGAUGCUGAAAGAUAUCACGAUUGGGAUUGGGAACGAGGUGCGCGACUCCACCGUGCAGCUGAGCCAGAUGAACGACGCCUUCGCGGAGACCUCUGGCAUUCUGAGUGGAACGUUCCGGCGGAUGAACAACAUGGCGGCGCGACAGGGCUGCCGUUGGUUGUGGUACAUCCUGUUCCUCAUCAUUGUCUUCUGGUUCUUCAUCAUUGUCUGGUGGUUUCGGCGAUGAUAUCUAUCCCUUCGCACCUCAUGCUCGGCUGGAGCGGCACUGUCAAAAGCAGCUAUACCCUCAGUACUCCGUAUUACGGACACCAGGUAUUCGUACUGCAGCAUGUACAAUAAUGUCUCGGAUCCUCUCAUUCUUGUCCAUUCUUGUGCAUGCCCCUGGACGUGCCAUGAGACGCUCAAGAGCUGUAUGUUCGAUAUUGCAUGGGUGACUGUAUAGACGCUCGAUGAAGGUGUAUGUGUGUCGCCCUUUUGUGAUCCAUUAAUUUACUACAAUAACUACUGCUUGUCCGUGACGAA